CUAAGUCAUUAACUAAGACAAACGCAAAUGUCUGCAGCCAAGCCAAUUCUGAUUUCAGGCGGUGGCCUCUCAUCACUGCUAUUGGCUCAAUCCCUGCGACGAUCUAAUAUACCCUUCAAGAUCUUCGAGCGCGAUGCGUCAUUUACAUUUCGAGCCCAAGGAUACCGACUCAGGUUAUCUACAGAAGGUCUUGAGGCUAUCGAAUCGGUCCUCGAUUCCCAGACAUUCCAACGAUUCUGGGAUAAGUGUGGAAAGACGGGUGGCAACGGAUUUACUGCAAUGGAUGCCAUAACCGGAGAAGAAACUGAACAUACUGCUCCUGAAGCUUUGUCCUCACGAGGUGGAAAAAUUGUUGGCAUCGCUCGGGGAGACAUGCGGAAGGUAUUUGCCGAGGGCUGCGAAGAACACAUUGAAUGGGCCAAAAACGUAAUAGGCUACGAAUUAACUGACAGCGGGGUUGUUGCCAUAUUUUCUGAUGGAUCUAAGUCAAUCGAAGGCUCCAUGCUCGUGGGGGGCGAGGGUAUCUACUCUAAAGUUGCGAAGCAGGUCUCGGGUGGGAGACUCAAAGUCUAUGACACAGGCGCUAGGGGAAUCCAUGGACAGGCCCCCACGAGUGCGUUCAAGGGUCUGGGCGAAGGUGUCUUUACAGUACGAGAUAAAACCCGACCGGACGGUGCAGUUUUCAUAAUCACGAAUGUUCGCCCUGAUCAAAUGGACGAUCCCAGCGUUGAAUUCGGAUGGACAAUGGGAGGCCAGCCAGGUGUAAUCCAGGUCCCUAACGAUGAUUAUAGCAUUGUGGGCAAACAGGCUGCCGACAUCGCCAAGUCGCUUGUAAAGAACUGGCAUCCGCGCUUCAAGCCUCUAUUUGAUGAGAUGAUCGAGUCUGAAGCGGCAUUUUGGAAGAUUACAUGCUCAACUCCAUCAGGCGUGCCAGAAUGGCCAAAUGAGCCUCGCGUGACAGUCAUAGGGGAUGCCGUACACUCAAUGACACCUGCUGGAGGUAUUGGGGCCAAUACUGCAGUUCAAGAUUCUGCGCUGCUGGGAAAAUUAUUGCGAGAGGCUGGAGGCUAUAAACCUGGCGUUACAGCUGCCUAUGAACAAGAGAUGAGAAUUUAUGCUAGCAAAGCUGUUCAUCAGAGCUAUACGACAGCAGUCAGCUCCUUUGGAGUCAAAAUUGACGAAGCAACUAGUGCUACAGUCUAGAUGCAAUGUAUUCGGUUAUAAUCGUACAACUUUUUUGUACGGGCUAC